AUAUGUCCCAUGAACUUGAACGCACCACUUACGAACCCCGGAUGUUUUGCUUCAUGACCAAAAAAUAUACCAGAGAUUUUGAUUUUCCCUCUUGAAAACAGGAUAAAAUUCGUGAACACUAAAUCAAGCUUUACAUCUAAGCCGUUAGAUGUAUUUUUGAAAUUAAUGACCGGAUGUUCCUUUCCUAAUUUGAGCUCAUUUAAACUGAACUUGACUGGAGUUGGAGAACAGAGAAGCCACUGAACAACCAUGAACUGAGUUGUUUCUUCUGAUAAAAUUAGUGAGUUCAGUUUCAGUGUCCUCCUUCACGAUGCUCCGGGAGUCCUAUCCCUUCGUGGAGGACAGUUUCAGCCGCUUCCCGUCGCAGAGCAACAUCUACGGGCUGAGUCAGGCCGGGGAGCAGGAGCUGCUGGCGGCCACUCUCAAAGGGAAGGUGGUGUGUUUCAGGUACCAGGAGCUGCAGCAGAAGAUCAGACCUGUGGCCAAGGAGGUCCAGUUCACCUACAUCCCAGUUGAUGCAGAGAUCGUAUCAAUUGAUGCUUUCAACAAGUCUCCACCGAAAAGAGGCCUGGUGGUGGGCAUCACAUUUGUUAAGGACUCUGGUGACAAAGCCACGCCAUUCCUCAAUAUCUACUGUGACUACGAGCCCGGCUCAGAGUUCAACCUGGAGUCUAUUGCACAGAGCUGCUUGAAUCUGGAGCUGCAGUUCACGCCCUUCCACCUGUACCACACAGAAGUGCAGUGUGACGAUGGAGGCAGAGAGACGGUGUUUCUGCUCAGCGGCCAUGACCAGAGGAUCCACCUGUACAAGGAGAACGCCUCCCUGCACCAGUUUGAAGAGCAGCCGGUGGAGAGACUCUUCCCUGAACUACAACAACUGCCCAGCAACGUGCUCUGGUUGGAUAUGUUGAGUAUACCCGGUGGCCAGCGACUCUCAGCGUUUGGCUGUCAGAACGGCUGUGUCGGACUGGCUCUGGUCAACCAGACAGGACCAGAGGUUUUGCAGAGCUGGCGGUUCCAGUUCGACAGUCCGAUCUCUUCAGUGCUGCUGUUCCCUCUGAGCUGCCAGACUGAGCCCAGGCAGCCGGGCACAGAGAAAAGUUUGGAAAUGGAAAGCUACAACCUUCUGGUAACCAGUACUAUAGAGAUGGCAGUUGUCUACAGAGACGUCCAGGAACGAGGUUUGUCCCGCUCAGUGUGCCUCUCAGAGAGCGACCAGUGGGACGCCGUGCUCUGUGCUCUGGUUAUUGACCUGGAUUUUGACGGGCAGAAGGAGGUGCUGUUGGGAACAUAUGGACAGGAACUUCUUUGUUAUAAAUUCCAGCCGGCAGGGAGAGGACAAGACGGACAGUUUCAGCUGCUGUGGAGGCGGAGCUUUAAGAGUCCUUUGCUGUCCAUCAUCUACUUAGACCUGACCGGGGACGGUUUGAGAGAGCUGGCUGUCCUCACACUGAAGGGACUGCAUAUCCUACAGCAUACUCUCACCAGCACUGCUGAUUUGGUCCUUGAGCGGCUCGCCCUGAGGGUGUCAGCACUCACAGCUGGCUCUGAGCCGGAGUCAGCCACAGCGCAAGACACUGAAGAGAAAGAUGCUCCAGCGAAGAAAAACGAGUGUACAGCUCAGACGCCAUCAACUUAAACAAAUCAGUGCCUUUUGUUUCCAUGUGUGAGUCAGACUGGAGUGUUUACAGAUGGAACAUGAAGGAUUUCUCAGGGCUCAACAGUUACAUUUAGUUGUUAUGAAGGACAGACACUCGUUUGAAAAUCUGACAUCAUAUUAGUCACCAAAAACAGUAGCAGUGCUAAAACGUGACGAUAAAAGAAAUUGGUUGAUGAGCUCACAUUAGCUGAUGUCCUGUGGAUAUUGUACAGUUAUUAGUAGAUAAUAAAUCACAUAUGUGUCUUUACACUUUG